AAUAGCCAAUAGGAGCGGCAAGAGAAACGCGCGUAAAUUUGUAAACAGUAAUUGGCGGCAAGAGUAGUAUGAUUCGUGUUGUACAUGGUGGAAGUGAACAAGGUGUAAUUGUGUCUUGUGCAUCAAAAUGCCGCUGAAUACCACUGGCAAUGUAUCAAAUGGUGAUGAUGUUUUGAAUUACAAUGAAAUAGUUACUAAUGAUACAUAUAGCUGGAACUGGAGCUGGAGUGGAGAUGGUCCAAAAAUCGAGCUUAGUCCUACUAGCUCGUGCAGCUCCUCAUCAGAACUGGCCACGAGACAUGAGAGCAAAAGAGGGAGGCCAAGGGCAGAUACGAUAACAAACUUAAUAUAUGAAGGUUCAACAUCACCGAGCGCUAUAAAAUGUCGAUUUUGUAAUAGGGUGUUUCCUAGAGAGAAAUCUCUCCAAGCACAUCUAAGGACACACACAGGUGAGCGGCCCUACAUGUGUGAUUAUCCAGGCUGUACAAAAGCAUUCACCCAAAGUGGUCAACUCAAAACUCAUCAGCGAUUGCAUACUGGAGAAAAACCAUUUGUCUGUUCUGAAAAUGGGUGCACAAUUAGAUUCACUCAUGCAAAUCGCCACUGCCCUGAACAUCCGAAUGCAACACUCCACCGAAGCGAUGAUUUUGUACUGCGGCCUGUUACGUGUAAUCCAGAACAGUCAAGUGACGUUCUUCGCUGGCUUGAAAGGUAUCGGAAGGAGAGAGAAGACAGAACACCAAAGAAACCAGAAAGGAGGAACAAGGCAAAGAGGAAUGAUGUGGAAAACGGCAGUUUGUCUUGCAAGAAGUUAAAAAUUCGUAAAGGCCUGGUAACAGUAAUGGAACAAGAAAAUGUUCAACAUAAAAAAACUAGCAUUCAGAGAGCCACCAUUAAUGUUGAGCAAACUUGUAUUAGAAGUUGCAUCCCAGGAGAUGUGAAGCAGAAUUUUAAAUUAGAUGUGAACUCAGAUUCUGCAACUUUAAAUGGCAAUGGUGAACUGUACUCCCAUGAAACCUGCAAAAUACGGAAGAACAGUGACAUUAGAGUUGAACAACCAAAGAAGAGAUGGUUGCGAGAAGCAUGUAGAGAUCAAGCUCUGUGGGGGGUAAAGAAUGAAUUGGCUCAACCAAUCCAGUGGAAUGACAGAGAUGAUUGUACUGCCAGUAUGUUUGAAGAGCUGAGGCCAAUGAAAGCGUGCCAUGAUGCCAACCAGUUGAGGCCAACGGUGUUAAUGUUGGCUGCAAGGGAAGGUGAACAGUUUCCAGCAGAUGAUGGGUAUUUAGUUUGGCAAGCUCCCAGUAACCAACCAGAUGAUAAUUUGAAAUGGAUGGGAGCAAUGGCUCUCAUGCAGCUAUCCAAAGCAAAGGAAGUUGAAAAUUUUGAUUCUGAAAGUGCUACUACUCCACUAAACCUUUCUCAGCCACGAUAUAUGGAACUGUAGACGACAGUGUAAGUGGUGGUUUUUAACAGUCAGUUAAGACUGCAUGCAGUAUUUAUACCCCCAGAGAAGUGUUAAAGGUUUUGUGACUGGAUAAAAAUAUUUAAAAAUCUUGAUGUGAUUUUCUUACAAAAAAUCUUAACAUGAUCAGAUUGGGGGUUUCUUGUAUAUUGACAGUAAAAAAUUUUAUUUCUGCUGUUAAUAAUGGAUGGUGCCCUGCACCAGGAUGUAAAUGGUGCUAUCAAAUGGUCUGCCGUCAUUUAAGAUUAUAUUAUCACACAAAAUGCAAUGAUGGCAUAAGAUGAUUAUUGUAUGAUCAUAGGUUUCUGUUCAAUUAAUGUUCUGUGGAAAGUGUUACUUCACACCAGCACCUACACAAGUGGUGGUAGACAUCUGUUUAUCUGUUAUUUUUCACAACUUAGAGUGCAUUACUGCAUGCAGUAUUAAUAAUGCAUUGCCACAGUGCCCAAUUUGGUAGUUAGUUUUUUGGGAGUCACUUCAAAAGUCAUUUCUCCUUUUUAGAAAAGGUACAUUAGUGGUAAAAUUCAAGAGGCCAUGCUUCAAUUAGCAUAUAUUUGCCAAGCUGUGGAUAUUUCUGUUAACAGGUAUUUUAAUGUAAAACCUUUUUAAAAAAGGUAUAUUAUUUAAACAAACUUUUAAUGUAGCUAAUGCAUAACCUAGCAACUGAAAAAAUGUACAGUAACUGCUUUUAUUUAGCACAAAGAAUUUUUUAUAUAAUUAUUGCAAGGAAUGAAGUUAAAUUUGUAUAAUGUUGGAAUUUUAAUUAACUAUUUACAAACAGAUUUA